CAAGCAGAAAAUCUUCAAUUUCUGCUAUCCAUUUAUUUUUUCUCUUUUUUCCAUCUUAUCUGUGUUACUUUAUAUGUUUAAACAAGUAUUGACAGUGACUUCAAGACAGUACACCAUGUUGCAGAAACGUUCCUUUGCAAGUCUAAUCUCCGUGCAGGAAUUAAAGUCAAACCUUGAAAACGUCAAAAUACUGGAUGGUUCAUGGCAUAUGCCGAACAGUAACCGUGACCCUUACGAUGAAUUCUUAAAGAAGAGGAUAGCCAAAAGUCAGUUUUUCCAUAUUGAUGGUAUCAAGGAUACCUCGACUGACCUUCCUCAUAUGCUUCCUUCACCUGAAGUCUUUGCAAAUGCUGUUGGCAAAUUGGGCAUCGAUCAACAUGACCAUGUGGUUGUCUAUGAUACAGCUGGCGUGUUUUCUGCUUGUAGAGUUUAUUGGACCUUCAAGGCCUUUGGACACGAUACUGUCUCUGUUCUUAAUGGCGGACUUCCUGCCUGGGAUGGGCCUACCGAAAGCGGCGUUCCUGAAAAGAUUCAAGAGAAGCAUUAUGAAACACCUACGAUCAACACACAGAUUGUACGUGAUUAUCCUACCAUACUGGCCAAUGCGCGUAAAGCUCAGUCCAAUGAAGAUUACAUUCAAGUGUUGGAUGCUCGUCCUUAUGCGAGAUUCACGGGUCAAGCUCCGGAGCCUCGUGAAGGGCUUAAUUCAGGCCAUAUGCCUGGAUCCAUUAGUGUUCCUUUUAAUGAAGUAAUCGGCCCUGACGGCAAACUUUACGAUGACGAAAAGCUGAAGCAAAUCUUUCAAGGUAAAGGCGUCGAUCUCUCGAGAGAAAUCAUUACCAGUUGUGGUAGCGGCAUCACAGCGUCUAUUCUUUUUAUGGCUCUUGAAAGAGCAGGCGCUAAAAAAUUAGCAGUUUAUGAUGGCAGCUGGACAGAAUAUGCUGGCAAAAAUGAUGCUAUUAUUAUUAAAAUCUAAAAUUAGCUAGUAAAAUACAUGUGUUUCUUUUUAGUUUGCAAAUCAUAUGCAUGCAUUAAUUCUGCAAAGCAUGUGGAGCAUACAUAUUUAUGUAUACAAAGCUGAGUUCCGGUGUCGUCGUAAAAAAAGGGAUUUCCUACAAGAAAUAUUCUGUUUUGGCAGAAAAUUAACAAGUAACUGCAUUGUCAAACAAUAAUAAAAUGUUGUUAAACCAGUACAGCUUUAAGUUUUGCUAGACACCCUGCAUAUUCUCACAUUUAGAAAGUUCUUUAUACAACAUAUACUAAUCAAGAUUGGCUUCUGAUUAACGAUUAAACACUUUAU